CAAAACCUCUUGUGUUUUCUAUAUAUAUAUCUUUCAGUUCCUUAAUUAGUUUAUGGCAACUGCCGGCACCGGCUCACCUUGUGGCGCAUGCAAGUUUCUGAGGCGAAAAUGUGCCACGGAUUGCAUCUUUGCACCUUAUUUCUGCUCGGAACAAGGCCCGGCUAGGUUUGCUGCCAUUCAUAAAGUGUUUGGUGCAAGCAAUGUUUCUAAGCUAUUGCUUCAUGUGCCUGUAGCUGACCGUUGUGAAGCUGUAGUCACUAUUGCUUAUGAAGCUCAAGCUAGAAUCAAAGAUCCUGUUUAUGGUUGUGUUGCCCAUAUCUUCGCCUUGCAACAACAAGUUGCAUGCUUACAAACACAGUUGAUGCAAAUGAGAGCACAAAUGGCGCAAGGAUUCUUCGACUCAAAAAACAUAGAGACUCCAUGGGCAGGAUCCGCGGUGUAUCAGAAUUAUCCAACUUUCACGAAUGUUAUGAAUGGAAAUAUUUCCCCUCAAAGCUCACUUGAAUCUAUUGAUCAUAACAAUGAAGGAAUGGGAGUUCAAGAGAAACAACAAAAUAUUAAUACAGAUGAUGAUGAGCAUGAUCAUCAGCAAUACAAUAAUAUUGAUCUAUCUUUUCAACAAAUUUAUAACAAUAAGAAGAGACCUUUUCCAAGUGAUGAUCUAGGUGAGCUUCAAGAACUUGCUGUUAGAAUGAUGAGAAACUGAUCAAAACUUACUUCUAAUAUUGUAACCCGGCCGGCCUAUAGACUCCUCACUUUUUUCAAAUUUGCUCUUCUUAUUAUCA